CUGCAGUUCUUCUCUAUUGGGGAAUAAUUUUGCAAGUUUUGGGGCCGCUAUGUAUGCAUUUUGGUAACAUCUCCAGUUUUGGUGCAGAGAUGGCUACAAUGACUUCAACACGUUCUACAUGCAAGCUGCUUCGGGGACUAAGGGUGGUUCAAGUGGCUCGCCUGUAAUUGAUUGGCAAGGACGAGCUGUUGCCUUGAACGCUGGGAGCAAGUUAUCAAGUGCAUCUGCUUUUUUCUUGCCUUUAGAACGAGUUGUCAGGUCACUCAAAUUCUUACAGGAAGGAGGAUAUUUUUCUACAGAUAAAUGGGCAGCUGUCACUAUUCCUCGUGGUACGCUUCAGGUGACUUUUCUUCAUAAAGGAUUUGAUGAGACACGCAGGCUUGGUCUUCAACAUGAGACGGAACAGUUGGUGCGCAAUUCCACUCCACCCAGCGAAACUGGAAUGCUUGUUGUCGAUUCUGUGGUUCCUGGUGGCCCAGCUCAAAAUCAUUUAGAGCCCGGUGAUGUGCUUGUUCGCAUGAAUGGGGAGGUUGUUACCCAGUUCCUGAAGAUGGAGACUUUACUUGAUGACAGUGUCGAGCAGAAAAUUGAGCUUCAAAUUGAAAGGGGCAGCACUCCUUUGACAGUAGACUUGUUGGUUCAGGAUUUGCACUCAAUUACUCCUGACCACUUCUUGGAAGUUAGUGGUGCAGUGAUACACCCACUUUCUUAUCAACAGGCUAGAAAUUUUCGUUUUAACUGUGGUCUUGUCUAUGUCGCUGAACCAGGAUACAUGCUAUUUAGAGCAGGAGUUCCUCGCCAUUCCAUCAUUAAAAAAUUUGCAGGGGAAGGUAUAUCAAGGCUUGAAGACUUAAUUUCCGUUUUAUCUAAGCUGUCUAGGGGAGCAAGAGUACCAUUGGAGUAUAUAAGCUACAAGGAACGUCAUCAAAGAAAGUCCGUCUUGGUCACAAUUGACCGCCAUGAGUGGUAUGCACCCCCACAGAUAUAUAAGCGCGACGACAGCACUGGCUUAUGGACAGUGAAGCUGGCUUUGCGGCAGGAGUCCCCACUCUUGCUAUCAGGCAUUUAUCCAGUAGAACAAGAUUUAUCAAAUCAUACCGGAUCUUGUACUGGUGAGCUAAAGGACUAUAUACCUGAAGAAGUCAGCCAAGAACUCAUGGAUGCAGUUACUUCUUUGGAAACUAGUGGUGAACAUGUUGCUGAGGGACCAAAUUCUCAGGAUGAUUCUGAUAAUGGAACAAAGAAAGAGAGGGUGGAAGAGAACUCAUCUGUAGAUGGUGAUGUAAUAGCGGAUUGUUCUUUAAACGAGCAUGGAGAAGAAAAAUUGGAUGAGUCUGGAUCUGUGGAAGAUGCAGUUCUGAGAGAUUAUCAGGGUGCAGCACCUGUAGCAGCUACUUCAGUUGCUGAGCGCGUAAUUGAGCCUACUCUUGUGAUGUUUGAGGUUCAUGUCCCUUCAUCAUGUAUGCUUGAUGGUGUUCACUCGCAGCAUUUUCUUGGAACUGGGGUAAUUGUAUAUCAUUCUGAAACCAUGGGCUUGGUUGCUGUUGACAAAAACACAGUCGCUGUACCAGUUUCUGAUGUCAUGAUAUCAUUUGCUGCCUUUCCUAUUGAAAUUCCUGCCGAGGUAGUCUUCCUCCACCCUUUCCAUAAUUUUGCUUUGGUUGCAUAUGACCCCUCUGCUUUGGGAGCUGCUUGCGCCUCUGUGAUUCGUGCUGCUGAACUUCUUCCUGAGCCUGCUCUGUGUCGAGGAGAUUCAGUUUAUCUGGUGGGAUUGAGUAGAAGCCUACGGGCAACCUCUAGGAAAUCAAUUGUCACUAACCCUUCUGCUGUUUUGAAAAGUGGAUCCUCUGAUGUUCCGCGAUACAGAGCAACAAACCUGGAAGUCAUUGAGCUUGACACUGAUUUUGGAAGCACCUUUUCUGGUGUUCUUACUGAUGAGCGUGGAAGGGUUCAAGCUUUAUGGGGAAGCUUUUCAACGCAGCUAAAGUAUAGCUCGAGUUCAUCAGAAGAGCACCAAUUUGUCCGGGGUAUACCAAUUUAUACAAUAAGCCAAAUCGUUGACAGGAUGACUUCUGGCACAGGGGGACCACCUCGUCUUAUAAAUGGUUUGCAAAGACCUAUGCCGUGCAUAAGAAUAUUAGAAGUAGAACUUUACCCUACUUUGCUUUCCAAAGCUCGAAGUUUUGGACUAAGUGAUGCAUGGAUCCAGGCCCUUGUGAAGAAGGAUCCUAAGAGACGCCAGGUUUUGCGAGUUAAAGGUUGCUUUGCUGGCUCAAAAGCUGAAAACUUGUUGGAACAAGGGGACAUGGUCUUAGCAAUUAAUAAGCAGCCAGUUACAUGCUUUCGUGACAUUGAAGAUGCAUGCCAAUCGUUAGACCAUUCCAGUCACGAUGAUGGAAGACUAGAUUUGACAAUCUUCCGUCAGGGAAAUGAAAUUGAACUACUUGUGGGAACGGAUGUAAGGGAUGGAAAUGGAGCCAAACAGGCAAUAAAUUGGUGUGGCGGUAUUCUCCAAGACCCUUAUCCAGCUGUACGUGCACUUGGGUUUCUGCCCGAAGAAGGCCAUGGAGUAUAUGUGGCAAGGUGGUGUCACGGGAGUCCUGCACAUCGUCAUGGUCUCUUUGCUCUUCAAUGGAUAGUUGAAGUCAAUGGCAAACCAACACCUAACCUGGAUGCUUUUGUCGAUGUGACUAAGGCAAUAGAGCAUGGAGAGUUUGUUCGUAUACGAACAGUUUACCUGAAUGGGAAGCCCCGAGUGCUCACAUUGAAGCAGGAUUUACACUACUGGCCAACAUGGGAACUCAGGUUUGAUCCUGAAACUGCAAUGUGGCGACGCAAAGUAAUCAAAGCAUUGGAUUCUGGUGUUCUGUGAACUAUCUCGGUUGAUUGUUCAAAGCAUUUACACUACUCGGUAAUUUUUGUACUGUUGGUAUUUAAAGUUGUCAUGUGUCAUUGUACGUGAAUCUUAAUGAACUAAAGGUAUAUGGAUUUGAUGGCUAUAUAUUGUAAAAUAACAAAUUAUCUGAUCAUUUUUUCCAAAAAAGAAAAUUACAGAAAUUGUAGAGUAAGAUAAAGGCACAUGGCAGUAAGUUUAUUAUAUGCUCUAGACAGCCUAUUGUGUACCUGAUUUGUUUAAAAUAUGAACAUGGGAGGGAUUUUAGCCUCUGUUAA